AUGCCCUCCCUAAUACCGAAGCGCAUUCAGAAUGCCCACCCUCUGCUAUUCACACCAGAUCAGCACACUGAUCGUCACAAAUGUACGCGACAGGUACCAAUGCGCGUGCUUGCUAUGGGAUAUUCCCGUACGGGUACCGCUUCAAUGUCGAAAGCACUUGAGAUGCUGGACAUGCCAUGCUACCACUUCUACCGCAUCCUGACCAGCAUCCGCGAUGCCGACAUGUGGCUGGAAGCGGUCCAGUACAAAACUUCGAACAACAGAGCAAAGCUUGACAGGAAGUUCUGGGAUGGCCUUCUUGGACAUGUCUCUGCAGUCGCGGACAAGCCCUGUCUGGACUUCGCCGAGGAACUCAUAACAACCUACCCAGAAGCAAAAGUCAUCCUCUGGGAGAGGGACGAAGACGAAUGGUUCCGCAGCAUGGACGAGACGCUGAUCAAGAACUACGGGAAGCCGCAAUCGAAAGUCUUCGCGGCGAUAGACUACGACUGGCUAGGAAGAAUCUCUGCCAUGACCCAUGCGAUUACGAGGCUGUGCUACGGUUCGAACGAUCGCGAGCAGAUUCGAGCAAAUGCGCGGCUUGUGUAUCGACAGCAUUUCAAGACUGUCAGGAGACUUCUCAAGGACCAGCCUGAUCGAUUACUCGAAUAUAAGAUGGGAGAUGGGUGGGAGCCGAUCUGCCAAUUCCUUGAACUGCCGGUCCCAGCUAAGCCUUUUCCUCACGUCAACGAGAGCGAGUACAUGGAGUCGCAGCGGGUGGCGUUGUUACUCAAGAUCCUCGAUCGUGUGUUCUGGAAGGUUGUGGCGGUUGUGAGUCCGGUGCUUGUUUUGUUGGUGGCGUACCGCAUGUCGAGGAAUGAUAGAAUAUCGUUCAAACAGCUCCUUGCGGCGGUAUUCAACCAAGCAAUGAGGAUACGGACGACUUCUGUGCAAUCGAAGGUGGAAUAG